AAUAGCGCUGCAUAAAUGUCGUCCAUUUACUGAGAAAAGGGCAGGAAUGGGCAGGAGGAAACAGAGACAACGCAGGGCCACACCUGGGCAGCUCGCAGGUUCCUCUUCCCCUAUGACAUGGAUUCCAGAGAUAUUUAUCAGGAUUUUUUUUUUGCAGCAGGAACAAGUGAUAAAACCCACGGACACAGACACAGCCUUCUUAUAGUGACGUCCGGCUCCCCGUCCACAUCCCCCGCUGCCCGGCCCCGGUUUCACCCCCCCCCUUCUGGUGGACCACAGAGAACGUUCUGGUUCCAGGACAGCGACGGACCCCCACCAGUGCAGACCGCCCAGGUGGUUGUGAGUAUUGCUGCCGAAUGUGGUCGCGGAGAUGGGAGAGUUUCAGGUCUUUCUGUUGGGAUUCUGUCUGCUUUGUGUGGUUUGAGAUGCAUAGGAUGCAUGAUUGGAUGGUGAACGUGUGGUCUGUUUUGAGCUGUGGAUGUUUUGCUGACAAGUUGCUCUCCUGGGGAGAAUACAUCGAUUAGAGUGACUGAAUGAUUAAAUCCCUGACGGACUGACGGACCAAAUCAUGUGCUUCAGUUAAGUUCAGUGUAGUCCUCAUUCCAGAUUGACUGCACCCUUUUCAGUGUUGGCAGGGUUACAAAGAAAUUACUUUAUUUUGGAGUAUGAGGUUCAUUUGGUGUUUUCGACUAUAAAAGGUCACAUUCUUCUUCAAAAUAAAAGUUGUCGUAUUUAAAAGUUGUAUUUAAAUGGGCAAUUGCAGACACUUAUUUAUCAUUUCAUACAAACAACCGUGCAAUCAUAACUGUAUUAUAUUCUAUGUGAAUAAAUACUUAAAAUGAGCAUGGCCGUGCAACUAUCAAUGCUCAAUUUCUGUAUUCCUUCCUGUGGCAAUGAAAACAAUGUGCUUUCCCAUAUAAUAAUACUACCACUCAUACUAUGUAGUAAUAUUACUGAUCAAUUUUAUCAGACUGGACUCUGCUUUGGUUAGGUGAGACUUUACUUUGAAGGACCCCUUCAGGAAGUCAAGUCGUCUUAACUGUGUUCACACUGCAAUGUUGUGAUCAUGUCAGCUCAUAAAUACAGUCGUGGUCCAUUUUUAAUUUAAAAAUAAUAAAAUAAUAUGAAUAUGCGUUGAAAGGCCGUGUUGGUAAGCCAAAGGUCUCCCAUCAAACGUCAUCACGGGGCCGCAUACCAGCCGAUCGGAGGGAGCAGGCGCGACCGGUUGGGCUGCAUGGUGAAGCCUUGAAAGAUCUGAGGGAGGGCUGAACAAGAUAAACAGUCCCACGAAGUGAACCCUUGCCAAUCACCAAUCACUGUCGAUCACUGCUUUGCAUCUGAGACGCGGGGAAGUCUGGCUUUAGAUCGCUCUGAAUGAAGACGAGUAUUGGACGGGAGACGCAAUCAUGAACAAGGAAGCAGUCACCCUCACACGGUUCACGGAUCGGACCAAAAUAUCUCAUGCAGUUAGGCGAACGGGUAGCAUCAGGCUACAUGGGAUGCUAUCACGGGCCUCCGUGAAGGGGCCCAGUGGCCAAAAGCCCCCCACGGCGGGUCUUCAGGCGGCCUCUUCCUCUCUUCCUCCAACGGCGCUCCAGGCAUCCCCUGGGGAGGCCUCCGCUACGCCUCCCGACGCCUCCCUGACCCAGCCUCCCCUGAGCUCGACCUCUGACCUGGGGCGAUUCCAGAGCCCGUCCGAUCUCUCCAGCCUGGAUCAAUCAUCCGCCCGGCCCCUGUCGUCACAGAAGGCGGCGGCGGCGGCGGUUGGGAGCGUGUCGUCGAUGAACCAGGCGUUCUCUGCCCCGACGUGGUCGCCCCAGCUCACAGAGCCGUCCGGCGGGUACGACGCGUCCCCCGCCCCCGCGGCGGGAGGCGGGCUCAGCCGCUCUGUGGCGGAAGGCGUCGGGUCCGUUGUCAAAAAGGCGGACAUGUUCCCGUGGUUCCCCUUUGACGAGAACACCCUCGAUCCGUUCAGAACCCCGCCGGGCAGCCGAGAGGUCCGGGCUCCUGAGCGCGCGGGCCCCUCCCUCUUCUCUCCGGAGCAGCAGGAGAACAUCUUCCAAUCCCGGCCCAAGGAAGGAGACAAACUAUUCCAGACCCCUCUCCCGGAGAAGGAGACCGGUUUGUUCCAGACCCCGCUCCCGAACGGAGCCCUCGUCCACAGAGACCCCUUCUCCGCGGACAACGACCUGUUCAGUUUCUCAGAUCACCCGCCGAGUGGGGCGCUGUCGCUCUCGUCCAACGGGAUCCAGCGUUCCCCCGACGGGGACCCCUUCUUCCAGCGAGGGCCUAUGGAAGCGCGGGGGUCUGUCGUACUCCCCGCCCCCUUGUCGCAGUCCGCACACCGACCUUCCGACAGUCCUAAUUGGUCGGUUUUCGUCAACACCAGCAGCGCUUCCAGCUCCGCCCCCGCCGACGACACCGUCGCGGCCCCCCACGCCGCGCUUUCCCCCAACCUUUCCGACGCGGCGGCCAUUUUCUCUCCCGCCGUCGAUCCCGGGACGGGCGUGGCUCCGACGUCCCGCCCUCCAACGCCGGCCUGCCCCGACAUACCGCCGGCGGUGACGCUGACCACCCCCACGGGAUCGAAUCGUGGUAUACUCCAGCCGACGCCCUUCGCUCUGGCCCUGGCUUCCAUGGCAACGGCGCAACCGUCCCCGACGCCGUCGGGCAGUGCCUUCAGCCGACCUCCGAAGCCUGUGCCGCGUGUCAGACCCCAGCGGCCCGCGGGCCUGGUACUCCGGCCAACAGCGAGUCCGGCUGGGCAAAAUGCUUCCCCAGUGCCCGGCAAGACUCCACCGAAGACACCACCCAAAGCUCCACCCAGACCGACCCUACCAGCCACCCUCAGGUUCUCCCCUAGCUCGCCCUUAACUCCAGAACCCUUAACUUCAGAACCCUUAAUUCAAGAACCCUUAACACUCAAGCCAGCACGAGCCCCCGCCCUCGCACUCAGCCCCAUCGGCCCCUCAAACCCCUUCGCCACCCAAGGACCGACCCCCACCCUCACCCCCAUCACAGCCUCUAACCCAGAACCCUGGAUGGUCCAGAAACCCACCCUCACCCCCACCCCGACCUCCACGUCCACCCCAAACACUCAACUCUCAGAGCCACACCCCUUGCCCUCCGCCACCCCACGACUGAACACCACCACCACCUCCGCCCCACUGACCCGCGUCACGGCUCCAACACCGACCCCCAAGCCGGUUCCUCGCCUCAAACAAGCUGCAGAGAAGGAUCCCCCUGAAGAGGACGUGGUCUAUCUGGACAUUGUGCUCAACGGCCAGGAGAGAUGUGUUGAAGACUGGCCCGAGGACAGUCCUCAGCUGGACCCCGAAUUCAAACCGUCUGGAACCUUCCGGCUGCGCAGAGAAUCAAUGAGGGUGAACGGUCUCUCUGAUGGAGAUGGCUACAGCCCUCUGGACAAUCCUGAGAAGAAAAGAGGAAGAAAAUUCAGAACGUCAACUUUCCUCAAAGGCUCGCUCAAGGAUAAAUAUCGGAAUGUGUCAAACGAAGGCAAAGGUGAAACGCUUCUCAGGGCGUCAAAGCGUGACAAAGAAGACAAAGAUGACAUCAGCGACUAUUCCUUCUCCAAGAGUUCAAUGGAGGCUUUUCCAGAAACUAGCCUUUACGAAGAUGAGAUGGAAGAGGAAAUGGACCACAAGCCGAAGAGUAAGGCCAAGCUUCGGCUUGGCACCUUUGUCCGCAAGGGUUCCGAGGCGUCUGUCCUCCACAGCAAGGCAGAGGGCGACCAGGUGAAUGCCAGCCAAUGGGACGACAGCCGAUGGUGUCAGGAAACGCAGGAUGAGGACGUGCAAAGGCUGAAGGUUCAGAAGAGUGACUCCGUAGCGCGGCGAUGGUCUGAGGGUAUGCUCCUGGAUGAUGAAGACGAGGGUAUGAAGAAGGGGACGAGCGACGGUGACAUUAAGAAGAAAAACAAAUUGGAAAUCAAGUUUGUUCCUCGGAGGGGUUUCGCCAUCAGCAGAGUGGCGAAAGAGGAGGAAUCGAAAGGGGCUUCCGGCUACUCGCCCAAAAGAGGCUCUAAGGGCUAUGUGUUCGAGGACCUGAACACUGCAAAUAUCUACACUCCUCAGUCUACUGGCAAAGCAGCGUUCCUGGAAGAGGAUUACUACGGUUCCAACGUUUCGGCGGGACUCAACGGAGACGACUUCCACCACGAAAUGAAGGACUGCAGACCGAAAACCCAAGUGUCUAAAUAUCCCCUUGUGAAGCGCCGAAGCUCCAAGGAGGACCUGCUGGAGGAGUGCAGCCCCUAUCGCUCAGAAGGGUUCUCUGAGAAGUGGGAGGAUGGAGAGGAGAAGGAAAUGGAUUACGCCAAACAGAAAUAUCCCAAACACAAAAGUCAUAAACAGAAGCCAUCCCAGAAGAAGGUGUUCCUCAACGCAUCCCCCAUGGGCUCCUUCCUGGAGGACGAAGACUACCAACAGGGUGAAGGGGGUCCCCCCAGCCCUUGGGGGCCGUACGAGGAGGAGGAGAACGGGAUGGACCACUCAAAACCCCAUAAGAGGUUGCCCAAACUAAAAGGGAUUAAGAAGCACAAAGCAAAGAGUGGGACCCUGGAUGUGGACCCCCCAGGAGCCACCUCUAGUGACUACUUCCAGUCCGAGGCUGCCGCGGCGGAGUGGUUGUCCGCCCAGAGGGACGAGCGUGUUAUGGCUGGGCUGGAGAAGGGGGAGGGGGAUGGGGACACCGACAGUCUGAUGGAGUGGUGGAACACAGUGGAGCAAUGGGACGAGGUGCCUUCAGACGAUGAGGACCUCGACAUGAAGGAAGACGAGACCAAGUCGUUCACCGCCCUGGCGCACAAGGUGCACCGCGGCCUCAGCGUGUUCGACAAGGUGUUCACGGAGCGCGCCGAGCUGCUCUGGCAGUACAUCGUCGCGCUGCACGCCGUCAUGGACGACAUCAGCAGCUUCCACCGCAAGGCCAAGAUCGCCGGCAUCACGGGCGGCACCACCACGGCCGUGGGCGGCGUGGCCGCCAUCGCCGGCCUGGCGCUGAUCCCCGUGACCUUCGGCGCCUCGCUGCUGCUCACGGCCGUGGGCGUGGGAGUGGUGGCGGCCGGCGGCAUCACCUCGGCCUCCGCCUCCAUCUCGGACAACGUCAACAACAUGCACGACCGCAAGAAGCUGGAGGUGCUCCUGAAGGCCUACGAGACCCUCCUGCUGGACCUGGGGCGGGUGCUGCGCUUCGUGGGCCAGGGGCUGUACCGUCUGCGGGGCCACCCGCUGCUGCGGGCGGGGAACCAGCACUACGCCGCCGCCUGGGAGGUGCGGCGGGCGGUGCAGACCAUCGGCCAGGUGGACGAGCCCGUGGCGCGCGCCCAGGCGCUGGCCGAGGACUCGGUGGUGGUCCUGCGGGGGCUCUUCCAGGGCAUGGACAAGUACUUUGUGAAGGACUCGCGGGAGCUGAAGCGCGGCGCCAAGGCGGAGCUGGUGACGGAGGUGCGCGGGGUGGUGGGGCAGCUCAACGACGGCCUGGUGGAGCUCAGCGCCAUCAGGCAGGAGCUGCAGGACGCCACCGGCGGGGUGUGAUGGGUGGUGUUCCCCCCCCCCCCCCCCCCCCCCCCCCCCCCUUCCCUACCACCCUACCCCCACCACCACCACCACCACCACCACCACCACCACCACCACCAUCAACCCCCGAUCACACCACCACCGUCACCAUACCGCUACCACCAUCACCCCCACAACCACUACCACCCCUAGUGCCACACCCUCAAUCACUACUAGCCCUAUACCCCCACCACCACCACCAUCACAACCACCCCUAACCCCUAACCCCAUACCCCUUCCACCGCCACCCUCCUCCUCCUCCUCCCCCCGGUUCAUGUGCAGGCUGCUGUCUGGUAAUAGUUAGACCGGCAGCGCCCUCUACUGGCUAAGCUGAGGUAUGACACCACCCCGUCCUACUCGUAAGUAUAUGCAGAGACGCACUGGGCGCAGUACCUGUUGUUCCUGUAGGGAUCUAAUUAUUGUCGGAGGUUUACGUAUAUGGGGUGUAAUUGAGUAUAGUUGAUCAGAGGAGUGCCGGAGUGUGACUCAAAUCGGGCGUUGGGGAAUAUCUACGGGGCCAAACCCUUAUCUGGCUUGGCUGGUUCUGAAACUGGCCCCAUUUAGUUUAUAUUAGUUCCUUGCAAACCAUGAUUAUAACCUUUUUAGAAAGUUACUAAAAGAACAUGUAAUCACCCAUUGUCUGGAAGGAAUAUGAUUUAUUUAUAGUACACUGGGUUCAGUUCCGCUUAUUGUUUUACGGUGCCACUUAUAGCUUGUUUAUUUAUGUCAAAGUUCUAUUUUUGGGGUUGGAGUUUUAUCAUUUACAGUUGUUUUGCACACGACGCUUUCACUUUAUAAUUAUAAAAUAGUAUUCUUUAACACGGGUGAUGCUGUCUAUUCUCUAUGGGCGAUGUGUGGUUUUAUAAUCUAAAUCAACGUCUUUCUUUAUACCCUGCAACUCUAUUUGUAAAAACAAUUUAUUAUGUAAUAAAGUGACGUUUUACAAAAUGUAAA